AUGCGCAGGCACCGGGGCGAGAUCUUAAUUUGGGAAUGCCCUUCGGCAGUCGACGUCUUCAAGGGUAUUGGAGGGAUCUACCAGCUUAAGAAGCUUCGGGACCGGGGGUUCAGCGUCAAGCUCGUUGAAAGUGGUGCAGACUAUGGAGGCGUCUGCCAAGGUAUUGGAAUCGCUAUCCAGGAGCUCGUGUCGACAGCCCAAUCCCUCACUACGGGUUUUCCGACCCCGAGCUCUGGAAGGACUGGCUUUGGAAGCAGCGUUUUCCCAGUUCAACUGAACUACGCGCUUAUUUCCGCGUACACUAAAUCUUGCACUUCCUAUGAGGCAGGUAGAUUACAACGGAAGCACCAGCACAAGGGCCUCCUAAAUGGCUUGAUGAAGACACAACAAAAUCCACCACGGGUGACCUUGGCGGAAUCUGGAACAGAGUGCCCAAUACCUCGCUCGAUCUACUACCUGGUCUUGGCCAUAGGCGCUCAAAGCAGUCCAGAAAACACAGAUGACCUGGCCGAAAGACAUUUUGAUUACGGCCGCUACUUGACCGCUCAAAGAUUCCUGGAAGAUGCAAGCAUGUGGACUGUCCGCUCCUACGCCCUGGUCACUAUGUACAUGCUCAACUCAUAUCGCAGAAAUACUGCCUUCAUGUCCUUGGGGAUUGCUGUAAGAGCAGCAUAUGCUCUUGGAUUACACUCCAAAGAGGUCGCCUCGCUCUUCCCGAGGGACGAAUAUAGAGCUGGGGAGCGUUUAUGGAAAGUCAUCCGGAUCCUCGAUCUUUUCAUGAGUGCUUCAUUGGGGCGCCCCCCAUCGACGACAGAGACUCGGGAUACUCAGGUCGACGAUGAGGACUAUUCGCCGUCUAACGAUCUUUGCGCGAUAUUCGAGAAGGUUCUGACAGACGUAUACUCUCGACGCAUGAUCUCGACGGACACUUUGAGCAACAUCAGCGCUCUCCAACGGACCUGGGCAUCUCGAUUUCCCCGUGGCCUCGCGACAGAUAGGAUUGAUCAACUCGAGCACGGGCCUGAGCGAUUGACGCCUAACAUUUCUCUCCUACACGUCAAAGAAGCCUACUAUUGGACCAUCAUUCUCUUGACCCGACCGUGCCUUACGGAAUGUAUAACAUCGCACGUCAGAAGCACCGCGUCCAAUCAGACUGCGUACUCCAAACCAUGUAUAGAUUCCGACCCAAAGGCUGUGAUUGUACAUGCAUGCAUUGACGCGGCCAUUAGAACAGUCGAGCUUCUCAGGGUCCUCCUGGGAGCCAAUGCGAUACCGAAAAGGUUACCGUUUGUGAUAAAUUCGCUCUUUGUCGCAGGGUUAGUCUUGGGUCUCGGAUGUUUUGGCGAUCUCUCCCAAGCAUUCCCCCUCGAUGAAUAUUUGGAGCUGGCACAUCAACUGCUAUCACAGUUCACGUCCGAUGUCAUUUCGCAGCGUAAUGCGAGGAUCAUUGGCCAUCUUCGACACGCAACUGAGGAUUAUUUCAGGCAGCGUUUGGCUCAGAACAUGUAUUUGGAACGCUCUGCUAUCGCGAAGAUAUUUGGGCAAAUCCAUCAAGCGCGAUCAGGAGCACCGAUUCGCGUUCUCUGUCCAGGCACAUUUGGUACUAAUGCCGGCCCCGUGGACCCAACACGGCAGAGCGAUGAUAAUCGCAGCGGUCAGGCAACAUCGCCGCCAGUUCAUCUACAUCUCGCAGGGACGGAACAAAGUCGGUCGGAUUUCGAUCAUCUCUCUGAAACAUCUCACAGGUUCGAAAACACCAUAGAAGACGACUGCACCUUAUUGAACCUUCCCUCCGUGUCGCCGGAAAAUCUGUGGUUCGACUCGUUCCAAGAGAAUGUGCCUUUGUUCUCCACUUAUUCACUGUUCAACAGCCCUUACCAAGGCCAAUAA